GCUGAAACAGCUUCGAAAAUGAAUUUUAACAUUUUACGGUCUAUUUUCUUGUUUUGUGGCUUGACUUUGGCCCACAGUGGUGUUAAUACCACUGAAAUGAAUCCAUACCAUCCUGACAUGUGUAACCUCCUGAAAGAUUUUGGGGCCGUGACAGAAAAAGUGAAAUCUAUGGAAACAAAACUGAAGGAAACUGAAAUCCGCCUAAAGGAGACAGUAACCAGGCUGAAAGACAGCGAAAACCAAAUUUUGGAGCUGCAAAGCAAAGAAAGAACCAAGAUAAUAUUCAGUGCAACAGCAGGAAGAGGCGAUGUACACAUCGGACCCUUCAACACAGACAUAAUUAUAGACUAUAAGAAAGUAAUUACAAACUUUGGCAAUGCCUACAGUCCAGUCACAGGUGUCUUUACAGCACCUGUUGCAGGUGUUUAUUACUUUACCAUCUUCUAUCACGGUGGAAGAAGCUAUUCACAUUAUCUGCGUAUUUUCAAGAAUACUGGGAUGACGGUCAUAACAUCUGAUCAUAAGACAGAAAGCGACGGAGCUGAUAACGGAGGAAACGCUGUGUUCCUGCAGCUGCAGCAAGGAGACCAAGUGUAUGUGAGCAUGGCUGCAAACACAUAUGUUUGGGGAGCCGACCACACAACUUUUAGUGGUUUUUUGGUCACACAGACGUAAGAAAAAGUAAAUGUAUGUCUGCUUAGGAUGACAGGCCAGAGCUUCUUUAAAUACGAUGCUUGACACAAAUCAAACCAAUUUCUGUAACAUUCAAAUGUGCUUAAUAAUUU